GGGUGGCAGGCUGCUCAGUGCUCAGUCACUCCUAGCUCUUAUUUGUGAUACACGUGCAGUCGCGCUGUGGUAACUCUUCACACGCAGCUAAUACUUCUGUCCCCCCUCACUCGUGUCUGGAGAUUUUGUGAGACGUGUAGAGAAAAGGGUACUCGUGUUCAUACAAGUAACGAGGACAGCCUGCUCUUUGUUCUUCAUGAUGAAAACAAAAUGCUGCACAUGGUGAUGCGCAACACACGGCGACGCAUCCAGGAAGAGAAGAAGAAGGACUGGCACAGCGAGGAAGAGGAAGAAGACGAAGAGGAGGAAGGGCAGGAGGAGGAGGAGGAGGAAGUGGAGAAGAAGGAAGCACAAGAGCAAAGCAAGAAGACUAAAAACAAACGGACGGAAGAGAAUAGAAGUGGAGGUCGCAAAAACUCGCAGUCGACCAUGAAAUAAUCCCAUUUUCUCUCUUACCUCAGUCACAAACACGCUUCUAGACUACACUACUACUACAGUAUGCGCACGCUAUAUUCAUUCAUAACUCAGUGCAAAUACCUAAGCAAUAGCACUACUACGCACAUACUGGCAAUAUAGUUACCUCAGUCUGCCCUACAAAAGGCUGCUAACAGUAUUAAAGUAUCAACAUCACCAUAUCGAGGUCGAGUUUCCAUUGUCUUGCGUCCUUACUGUGUGUUGGCUGCACUUACUUACCUCAGUCUCGUAUCCUCAAACACUUCUGCGCUUCUACUCCACUGUUUCAAAAGGGUUUAUUUCAAUUUACACGAAUUUUUGAAGGUGUUUUUGUGUUUCUAGAGGCAGAAUGACAAGAAUUCUGCAUUAUUUAAUUGGUGAAACAUUCUUGCAAACCCUGCUAUAGUCAUCUCUGUGGCAUUGGAAAACAGUGGUGAGAGAGCAAAGCGUUUCUGAAUACUGACUCGGUGUAUUGUUUGGUUGUGAGGGCUUCUCAGUACACCACCUGCUGCCUGGGGCCUCAGCUACUCACCAGGAACAGGCACAGUCACUUAGCCGUAUCAAUGCAAGAGAUUCACGAGAGUUAGAUUAGACUGCUGCCUUUCACCAAGUUAUUUGUGACGCGUUGGAGUGCGUGGCGCGUGGGGGAGUACCUGCUUUCAUUGGGUUAGAGUGCUGGUUGCCUCUUCCUUGUUGUGUGUUUUCUUGGUUUACUGAUGAACUCAUUGGAAUUUGCUUUGCUGAGGGUGAGGUGCUCGCAGUGAAGUGAUUGACUGACUGACUGACUGACGGACUGACGGACGGACUGGUUGGUUGAUGCGUCUGUUGGUUGAGACGAACAAGACGAACAAGGAAGAGAAGGAAUAAAAUUGACUACACCACCAAUUCAUCCACUGCUUGAUUGAGGUGACGAAAGAAGAUGAACAUGAGAGAAAAGAAGUAAUUGCAAGGAAGAAGGAGUUUAAAGAGGCGAGAUAGAGACAUUAUAUCAGAAGUGAGACUCUACCAGGUGAAUUGUAACUACACCUGCUACUUAUCCUGAGACUACUACUACUACUGCUACUACUACUACUACUACUACUACUACUACUACUGCUACUACUACUACUACUACUACUACUUCUGUUGCAGCCGCCAUCAUGUUUCUGAUGUACAAACAGUAUGCUGACAAAAAUCCAGAUAAGAUGGGCCGCGGGGAGGGAGCGGUGCCUACGAAGGGUGUUGGAGGCUACAGACCCACGACCAACUGGCGGGAGAUUUCGGUAAGGCGGCGGAGUGUGGCAGCGCGGCAGGUGCUCGCUUGUAUCAUUGUGAGCGGUGUGGUGAUCGUCGCUGCAGGAAUACUACUGACUGUUCUUGGCUUCCUCGUCAUUGCCAGCCAGUGUCCCUUCAUGUGGCGGGAAGGCGCGGGCUCCUGCUACUAUCUGGCGCCCCACAACGCUAGCUGGGAGGAGGGACGGUCUUACUGCACCUCUCAAAGCGCCGCCCUUCUGCACCUCCACUCCAGGACAGAGGCGGACUUCAUAACAGAGGUGAUGUCGGGGCGGAGUUGGCUCGGGGCGCGUCGCAAACGUGGGCGGGACAACGUGUGGGCUUGGACAGACUCCGGGAAGGCCCUCAACUACACACGCUGGACAGGGAGUGAGCCAGCCAGCCUGCAGCAAGACCUCUGUGCUGCCGUUGAGCCCGGCGGAGCGUGGUUGGCGGUGGCGUGCAGCGAUGGCGACACUGCUUAUGUGAUCUGUGACUACGUGCCUGGCUACAACCCUUCAUGCUGGUGGGACCCGUGGUGGCGGUGUGCGGCGUGGUGGUGCUUGUGCUCAGCGUGGAGGUCUGCGUCAGGAGGCGAGAGUUCAUCACCAAGAACCCUGAGGCGAUCACCGACGACCAGGACGACGAUAGACAGGUGGAGGCGCCUUCAGGUGUGGUCAAUCCAGGCUUCUCCGGAGCACAGGUGCAUCCAGCGCCCUCUGCCCCUCCUGCCGCCACCACCGCCUUCACCAACUCCUCCUCCACACCCUCCUCCUCCCUGUCCAUCCCUCCAGCCACCACCACCAUCACCACCACUACCCCUGCCACCACCACCACCUCUCCACCUGAAGUCAUUGCCACAUAGACGUCAGGAAUGCACCACCACCACCUUCUCCUCCUCCUCCUCCUCCAUGGCUGCAGACGGAGGCGAUGAAGAGGUGGGCAGGGUGGGAGGGCUUAAGGCACGAGUUAUAGGGUGUCUGGGCGAGGCUGAGUGCUGGGGAAUGAGAGGAAAGGGACUAGUGGGCUGAAUGAAGGGCGUUAGUGGAGGUACCUGGUGCAGAUUUACAGGGAGGGUGGGAGGAGGUAGCGGCGGGAAGAGGGUGCAGGACGUAAUGGAGGGGAAAGAGGAGGAAGAGGAAGAGGAAUAGGAUUAAGACUUUGCUAAUUCUCAUAAUCGGUGAUGACAUUUUAACAGCUCAGUCAUAAAGCACUAGAGCAGGAGGAGAAGGAGGAGGAGGAGGAGGAGGAGGAGGAGAAGGAGGAGGAGGAGGAGGAAGAGGAGAUGCAUGGGAGGAGCAAGUCGAGAAGUAGGAGGAUAAAAUUGAAGAGAAGACGAUAAUAAUAAAAGUAAUAGUGAUGAAAGCAAAGAAAAGCGUGAAAAUAGAGAAAGGAGAAGAGGAGAAAAUUAAAUAGAGGACGAGAACGAUAACAUUACUAGAGAGAAGAGAGAGAGAGAG